AUGGGGCAGGUGUAUGGGCAGCCGCAGAACCCCCACCCUGAGCUCAACGGGGUGUUCCAUGCACAGAUAACCCCGGAGCUAGUGGAGCGAAUCACCGGCCGGCGACUGCCGGGGUCGGCCGCAUCCGGCGCGCCAGGAAGCAGGGCAGCAGAGGUGGCCCAGCGCGACACGGCGCGCGCCCCUCAGGUGUUCCAGCCAGCGCUGCCCGUGCACGACGAAGCCGUUGCAUGGCGCGCCGAAGAAGAGAAGUACAGGCGCGCGCUGCAGAAGUCCAAGAGGAUGGGGGCCCUGCUCAUUCGCCGUGCCGAGGAGGAGCUACAGCAGGUGAAGGAGGACGCCGCGGCGCUCCUCGCGGCGGAGUAUACGGCACCGUGCCGGGAAGACGCGUGCCGGGCCGAGCGGCAGGCGUCCACGGCGUGUCUGAAGGCGCACGCCAAGGACCCCUGGGCCUGCGCGGGGGAGUUCGGCGCGUUCGAGCGGUGCGCGGCGGCCGCGCAGGCCGGGGCGGCGCAGCGGAUGGCGGCGGCGCAGUGA